GAUGACUUUCUUCUGGCUCUUCCCUUUUUUGACUGCACAGAGCCAGACCACGAAGCAACAACACAAACGCGGGCGAGCCGCCGCUGGUGUCCCUGCAUUACUCUGCAGCCGGUAUGAAUUCAAUGUUUCAUCACACUGACGACGCCAUACCGUAGACCAUUUCCUCUGGGGGAGAAUUCUUCAAUCUGCACGGUUGACUGGUGAAGGAGUCCAUUAGCCAGUCUCUCAGUGAUGGAGGCAAUUGGCAAGUUUGACUUCACGGCCACGGCCCAUGACGAGCUGAGCUUCAAGAAAGGAGAAACCAUUAAGAUUUUAGGAACUCAGGAGGAUUGGUAUAAAGCGGAGAAAUGCGGCAUGACUGGGUUUGUACCGAAGAAUUACAUCACACUCAACAUCCCCAGGUGGUAUCAAGACGACAUCAGUCGACAAGAGGCUGAGAGCAUGCUCAAGUCCCAGCCAAUAGGAGCCUUCAUCAUCCGUGACAGCCAGAGCUCCCCAGGAGACUUAUCCAUCUCAGUCAGGCACGAGUCAGAUGUGCAGCACUUCAAAGUCCUGCAGGAUAAGAAAGGACAGUAUUUCCUAUGGGACAUGAAAUUCACCUCUCUGAAUAAAUUAGUGGACUAUUACACCCACAAUUCCAUCUCCAAGCAGAGCUGCGUCCGCCUCUUCACUGAACAGCCGAGACCAUUUGAUGUUCCACAAGAAGCCAGGCCAUCUGCUCUGCCUCGAUUAGAUAUGCCUGGUAGAGGCUCUCCUGACCCCAGACCAUUUCCUCAGGAGAGAGGAGAGAGAAUGAGGAGUCAGAAUAUACCUGCAGGCCCACGGGGCCCCCCUCCUCCCCGUGCAGAGACCCUCCCACCUCCACAGACGUCCCUGACGCAGGUGAGAGCCCUGUUCGACUUCAGAGCCGAGGAGAAGGAUGAGCUGGACUUUAACGCUGGGGACAUUAUCGAAGUGGUGGACCGAGUGGACUCCUACUGGUGGAUGGGUCAACUACGGGGCAGGAGAGGACUCUUCCCUGCCAACUAUACAAAUCCUUUAUAAACAUGCAGCACAACCAGACACACUGUGUUACACUGCACUGUGAAAGCUGAAACAAAUAAUGUUACACUGGUAUUUUAACUAAACUAUUUGUAGAUGUACUAACUAACUUUAUUCAUCAUAUAAAAAAAUUAAUGUUGUUUAAAAAAUAAAUGAUGAUUCAUCUGAAUCAUCUGGAUUGUUCUGGAUUGUUUGAAUUCACUGAACUUCAAAAGGCUGAAAUUGAAGAGACAGACCAUCCUGGUCUACCAGUAUCUCCAUCUUAACCAAAUUAUUAAACAAGCUUAAGCAACCUAUUGCUCCAGUAUGAGCAGCUACAUCUAACAAACUCAAAUAAAAAAAAAUGAAAUUAGAAUCAACAAAUGAAAACAAAGGCUUUCCAAGAGCAAAGCAGGUUAACCAAAUUAACCUGUUGGCUCAUUUCUAUAUGGAUGAGCAGCAUAUAGACGGUCUAUCUAUCAAAGUACACUGUAAUUAUCUGGCUAAUAUAGCAGGUUAAACUGCACCUGAACAGCCGCUCAAACCUGAGAAGUAUAUUUAACAGUUGGGUCAGAUCAAGCCCGUCUCAGUCUCAGUCACAGUCUCGCCACAAACAAAAAGUUUGAUUGGAACAACCAAACAACUGCCAUAAGACCUGUGAUGCUAUUAUUGAUUUCACACCACAC